AUGACUUCAGAACCAAACAAUCAACAGGGAACAGAUGGCCAAAAUUGUGAAAAAACAAAAGAUGAAAAACUUUUAUUUGACUAUUUCAAGUUUCAGCAAAUACAACAAAGUAGAAUCGAUUCUGAAAAUAGAGAUGCCAUAGUGCACAGUACCAGAAAAAAAGAAAGAGAAAGGAAAAGAAUUCAAAGAAUGGACCCCAGGUACAGAGAAAAGGAAAACAAGCGAAAAAAAUCAUCUUUGAUAAACAGACUGAAGGAAAAACUCCAUAAACAACAGAAGAGGGAAAACAAUGAACAGCGAAUUAAAGAAAACAUGGCAAAGCGCAACUCAGAGACAAGAAAGAAGAAUGCAUGUUUACAUAUGCAGGUUAUACGCAGAAAAAGUGAGGAAAGAGAAAAGGAGAAUGCGGCAAAACGCUCCUCUAUCACGAACAGACAGAGAGAAAGAAAUCAUAAAGUACAUGUAAGACUUAAUACUGAACAAAGAGAAAAGGAGAAUGUGGCAAAACGCUCCUCCAUCACAAACAGACAGAAAGAACGAAACCAUAAAGUACAUGUAAGACUUAAUACUGAACAAAGAGAAAAGGAGAAUGCAGCAAAACGCUCCUCCAUCACAAACAGACAGAAAGAACGAAACCAUAAAGUACAUGUAAGACUUAAUACUGAACAAAGAGAAAAGGAGAAUGCGGCAAAACGCUCCUCCAUCACGAACAGACAGAAAGAACGAAAUCAUAAACAAUAUUUAAGAAUGCAUGGUGAGCUGAAGGCAAAAGAAAAUGAAAGGAAACGUUCGUCACUAGCAAAUCGUGAAAACGAAAAAUUACAUAAACAGAAUAAAAGAAAAGAUUUGGAUUUCAGAAUCAAGGAAAAGUGUGCUAAAAAACAUAAGAAAGAGGGCACUGUGGAGAAUUUGAUUACAAGUUUUUAUAAUGCAGUGAAGGAAGGUCCAUCCUACAUCUGUACAUGUUGCUUCCAAAUGUGGUAUAGAGAUGGUGUAAGGCUAGCUGCAAGUUUGCAGGUAUCUGAAAACUUAAGAUUUAAAAUAUUGAAUUCUUUAAAAAGUUUUGAUGAAAAAGAAUGGAUAUGCCAGACCUGCUGUAGAUAUGUUGCUAAUGACAAACUACCACCAUGCUCCAAAUGUAAUGGGAUGUGCUUUACAGAUAGACCAACCGAGCUAGAUUUGACAGAAGUGGAAGAAAAAUUAGUAUCCCUGAGGAUCCCAUUCAUGCAGCUCCAUGAGCUCCCACGAGGAAAACAAAUAAGUCUUCAUGGAAAUGUUGUCAAUGUCCCUUCAAAUUUGAAUCAAACAGUAGCAAAAUUACCACGAGUACUUGAUGAAAAUUUUACAAUACCCAUGAAACUUAAAAGAAGACUUUCGUAUAAGCAUCAUGUUAACUAUCAAACAGUGAGACCUGAAAAAGUCAUCAGAGCAGUAGAAUGGUUAAUGUCUAACAGUAAUUUUUAUAAGGAAGCGGGAAUCACAUUGGACCACUCUUGGAAGUGUAAAGAACUGGAAUCAGAUUGUACUGAGAAAGAAGAACACAAAGAAGAUGACUGGAAUGAGGUACCAGAAGAGGAUUUACCUUGUGGUACUCUUGACACUCUUCUUCAACCUCAGGAUCUUGAAACUGAGAGAGCAAAAGUUAUUUCAUUUGCCCCAGGUGAAGGUAAUACUCCUUUAAAUCUUUUCUUUGACAAAAAUGCUGAAGAGAUGAGUUUUCCAACCAUAUUUUGUGGACAUGCUAGACCAGAAAACAGCCAGCGGGAAGUAAAGGUUACAUACAGUGACAUAUGUAGAUCAGAGCUACGAAAUAUGGAUAGAAGGGUUGCUAGCCAUAUUCCAAACAUAUUUUUUAAAUUUAAAAAGCUUCAAGUUAAAACUGUUUUAGACAAAGCAAACAUCUGCCUUAGAAAAACAAAGAAAAAUGAAAAUAUCUCUGCAGGGUACUUGAAACAUCCUGAAAACCUUGAAAAACUCUGCAGACUGAAUGAAGGAUUUCGAAUAUUUCGCGAUCUCAGAGGUUCUCCUCCAUACUGGGAGAAAGCAAAAAAAGACAUUUUUGCACUCAUCAGGCAACUUGGCAUUCCAACAUGGUUUACAUCAUUCUCUGCAGCUGAAACUCACUGGACACAUUUAUUACAAAUAUUAGGAUGGACAGUUGAGAAGAAAAGAUAUUCUGAAGAUGAUGUAAAAUUGUUCAGCUUCUUUAAGAAGGCAGAACUGCUUAGAAAAGACCCAGUAACUUGUGCCAGGCAUUUUGAUCAUCAGGUUCAAAUUUUCAUAAACCAAGUACUGAAGUCUUCCCUCUGCCCUGUUGGAAAAGUGACAGAUUAUUUUUAUAAAGUUGAAUUUCAAAUGCGAGGUUCCCCACAUAUUCACAUGGUGCUCUGGAUAGAAAGUGCUCCAAAAUUUGGAGAAAGUGAAGAAAGUGAUAUUGUGAAUUUUAUCAAUUCACAUGUCUCAUGUGCAAAGAACAGUGAAAUAGAAGAAUUAGUGCAAUACCAAUACCACGCUCAUGGCAGAACAUGUAAGAAAAGGAACAAAAAUGACUGCAGAUUUAAUUUUCCUCAGCCUCCUAUGAAAGAAACAUGCAUCCUGAAUCCAUUAGAUGAUAGCAUACCUGAAAAAGACAAAGAACAAAACAAAAAGAACUGGGAACGCAUAAAGAAAUGUUUAGACAACAUGAAAAAAGGAAAGAAUUUAACACUUGAGGAAUUCCUUAAUGAAAUGAGACUUUCUGAUGACCAAUACAUCAAUGCAAUUAGAUCAUCUAUUAAAACUACAACAAUCUUUUUGAAAAGACAAUUGGAUGAAAUAAGGAUAAAUAAUUAUAACCCUAUUCUUAUUAAAGCCUGGAGAGCCAACAUGGACAUUCAGUUCAUCCUUGAUGCAUAUGCAUGUGUUAUGUAUAUUGUCAGUUAUAUUUCAAAAGCACAAAGAGGAAUGAGUACCUUGCUGUAUAAUGCUUGUAAAGAGGCAAGAGAGGGAAACCUGGACAUCAGACAGCAAGUAAAAAUGAUUGGUAACAAAUUCUUAAGCCAUGUGGAAGUUUCUGCUCAGGAGGCUGUUUACUAUAUUCUUCAAAUGCCUUUAAGAAAAUCAUCACGAGAAGUAAUCUUUAUCAAUACUUCUCCAGAAAAUGAAAGAAUUAUUAUGUUAAAGAGUACAGAACAAAUUCAAAGCCUACCAGAUGAGUCAACUGACAUAGAAGAAAGCAACAACAUUUCCAGAUAUAAGGAUAGACCAAAAGAGAUGGAAAACAUUUGUCUGGCUGAUUAUGUAUCCCUUUAUAGGACAUCAACAACUGAAUCAAAAACUAACAACCAACUUCAAGAUUUAAGUGAUAAUGAAAGAGAAGAAAAUGAUAUGGAUCAAACUGAAGAAAACUGUCAAGCUAAAACAAAAAGGGUCAAAUGUACAUCUGUGACAAAGAGACGACAACAAGCUGUGAUACGCUGUGUGGGAUACAAUGAAAAGAAUGAUCCAGAAAAUUUUUACCGUGAAUGCUUGUUUUUGUAUCAUCCAUGGAGGUUAGAGAAAAGAAUUAUUGGACAAAGGGAAACAUACUAUCAGAGAUUUGUUGACCUUCUUGAUAGUUCAGAUAUCUUAGAAAAAAUGCAGGAAUAUAAUCAUACAUGGAGAGAAUUAGAUCAGGCAAUGGAGGACAUCAAAAAAGUCAAUGAAGAUAUACUGGAAGAUCAGUGGAACAUUGUUGCCCCAUGCUCAGAAGCUUAUGACAAGGAAGACAUCAAUGAAGGUACAAGAGAAAUUUUAGAAUAUCCUUCCUAUGAUGGUUCUUUAAAUGUUACAUCUCCAGAAAAUACUGUGAAUGACUUGCAAGAAAUAGUUACAAAAUAUAUGAACGAUGAUGAAUAUUUUUCACUGGUCCAAUCUUUAAACAAAGAACAGUACCUUUUUUUCAUUGAAAUUCUUCAUCACAUGAAAAGUGAAAAUAAACCAGUAUAUGUUUUCCUAACGGGUGGGGCUGGAGUUGGCAAAACAGUAGUUGUUAAGUCCAUUUACCAGGCUCUAAACCGUCACUUUAAUAACCAACCUGGAAGUAAUCCUGAUGAGCCAAAGGUUCUGUUAGCAGCCCCAACAGGAAAAGCAGCUUUUCUUAUUAAUGGCAACACCAUCCAUAAUCUGUUCCAAAUACCAGCAAACCAGGGAUUCUCUUAUAAACCACUGAAAAGUGACCGUCUAAACACUUUAAGAUGUAAAUUCCAAAAGGUGAAAAUGAUCAUCAUUGAUGAAAUUUCAAUGGUUGGAAACAGGAUGUUUCAAUAUAUUCAUUUGCGUUUACAACAAAUAACAGGAUCAUCAAAGAUAUUUGGGGGUAUUUCUGUUUUGGCUGUGGGGGAUUUAUUCCAACUAAAACCUGUAUUUGAUGGCUGGAUAUUUGAGAAUCUCAAGGAAGAUUAUGGACCACUAGCAACCAACCUGUGGACAGAAAACUUCAAGGUUUCUCAGUUAAUUCAAAUAAUGCGUCAGAGUGAAUCAAAGGAAUUUGCUGCUAUUCUGAAUCGCAUUCGUGAAUGCAAAUACACAGAAAAGGAUAUUGCUAUCUUGAAAGAAAGAAAAAUCAACAAAGAUGAAACUCAACAAGAUUAUCCACUGUUAGUUCCGCACAUCUUCCUAAAAAAUAAAGAUGUCAGAAGCUUCAAUUCAAGAAUAUUUGCUCUUUCACAUCAAGAAAAAUUUACUCUUCAAGCUAAUGACUAUAUCAUAGGAGAUGUUGAUAAGGAUAUAAAAGAAAAAGUAAAGAAAAGUAUACCAGAAGACACAAGUAAGACAAUGGGGCUAGAGAAAACCUUAAAUUUAUGCAAAAAUAUGAGAUGUGAAAUUUCUGUAAACAUAGAUGUUGAAGAUGGGUUAGCAAAUGGUGCCUCUGGUUUUCUUAAGGAUGUCACAAACUUUUCUAUCAAUUCAACACAAUCUGAUAUACUAUGGAUAUUAUUUGACAAUGACAUUAUAGGAAAAACCUGUAGAAAGAAUGGAAGAAAAUUUUAUACAUCAAAAAUUGAUAAAAAAUGGACACCUGUAACAAAAGUCAAGAGAGCAUUUAUGGUUGGAAGGUACAAAUCUGUACAAGUCAUCAGGGAGCAGUUUCCACUCCGUCCAGCUGCAGCUAAAACUUGUCACAGAUGUCAAGGAGAUACCAUGGAAUCAGUUGUGGUUGAUUUUAAUGGAAGAUGUUUUCCACACUGCCAUUAUGUAUCCCUCAGUAGAGUCAAGAGCAUAAAUAACCUAUUUAUAAGAGAACUAAAUGAAAAUAAAAUUCACAUUGAUCAUUCUGUGAAACAAGAAAUGCAGAGAUUGGAGAGCAGCAUGAAACUAGAAUUUGCAUGCAUACCACUGGCUCAGAAGGAAAAAUUAAACUUUAAAAUUUAUUAUCAAAAUGUGAGAUCUUUUCACAAGCACCAUGCUGAUGUUCUUCAAGAUGUUGCCCUUUACCAACCUGACAUCAUGACAUUUGUGGAAUCAAAACUUUGUUCAAGGGAUCCUGAUGAACAGUUUCAAAUUCCAGACUACAGCAUGCAGAGAUUUGAUACAUGUAUUCUCUCUGGAGAUGGAUCCAGAUCACCAUAUGGAAUUAUAGUUUUCACCAGCUCAAAUCUUCAAUUCCAAAUUAAAUGCCAACAAAAAUCAAAGAAAAUCAAUCAAGAAUUUGUACAGUCUGUUAUUAUAAACAUUGAAGAUCCACAACUACCUUCCAAAUGUCUACAACUGGCAGUCCUUUAUUCAUCACCAAAAACAAUGUUUAACACUCUUCAACACUUUCUUCUUAAUGAAUGUAUGAAAAGCAGUAAAGAAACAGACAUUCUUUUAGGAGAUUUCAACAUAGACAUUCAUAUGAAACCUAAUCAUAAGAUUCUAAAACUUCUGAACUCAUACAAGUAUCAACAAAUUGUAUCCAACCCUACGACAGACAACAACUCUCUUCUGGACCAUGUAUACAUCAAAAAUGAACAUAUUGAGUGUGUAAAGUGUGAUGUUUUACAGACAUACUUUUCUGACCAUUUCCCAAUUAUAUUGACAUUAAUAUUACAAAACAAAGAGCAAGAACAAUUUUAA